ACAAAAUCUCAUACGCAUUAUUUGUAAGGAUUGAGAUUGCCCGAGCCAGGUUUGUGUUUGCACACACUACUGAUUAUGAAAUAAAUGCAAAAUGAAGUCAUCAAUUUUUAUCCUUGUCCAGCUUCUCAUUGAAGCUUGUUGUCAAGGAAACCAACGCCCACAGGUCCAGCCGACGGAAGAGGCCAGUGACUGUAUAUGUAUCCCAUACGAGCCACUUUGUAAGUGUACAUUUACAGUUGAACAUCGUCUGACAAUGAUAUUCAACGAAAAGGAGCUUGUUGAACCAUAUAACGGAAAUCUUCGAAUACGUGGAUCACAAGGCGGACGAAUAUUGACAGAUGACGAGGAAGCCCAAGUAAAUACUGCCGAUGGAGAGGUAUCCAGACUUGUUAUUGCAAUAAACGGUAAAUUUCCAGGACCAAGGGUAGAUGUAUUUGAAAACCAAGAGAUUGAAAUCACGGUGGUUAAUACAUUCCAUACGGACAGUGUUACAGUUCAUUUCCACGGCAUUCAUCAGAAGAAUACGCCUUGGAUGGAUGGUGUGGCUUCUGUUACUCAGUGUCCGAUAUUACUACAAACUUUUGUUUACCGAUUCAGAGCUUAUCCUCCAGGAACCAGUUUCUAUCAUGCACACAUCGGGGACCAGCGUAGCAUGGGUUUAUAUGGACCAUUCAUCGUGCGUAAAAGGAAUGCAGAUCUUAUUAAUGAAGUAAUUGUGUCUCUGCAAGACUGGAACCACCUUAUGGAUGCUGAAACAGCAUAUAUGAGAAUGAUCACAGAACAAUUUGACUUUAACACAGGUCAGAAAAUACCAACGACAUUUUCUGUCGAUAGAGCUCAAUUUAGCCGUUUUGAAUUUCAAUCUGGUCUUGUGAAUGGAAAAGGGAGGUUCUGGAGAGACCGUAGAAAUCACAACGGUGCACCGUUAGAGAGAUUUAAAGUUCAGACUGGAAGGCUUUAUAGAUUCCGAAUCAUAGGCGCAAUGACGUUAUAUCCGAUGAGAGUUUAUGUUGAAAACAAUAGGCUCCAGCUGCGAUCUUCAGACUGUUUUAAUUUGCAGAAUGUGACGGUUCAGUCGAUAAUUGUGCACCCUGGGGAGAGGUAUGAUUUCAACUUACGAUUCGAUCGAGUUACGAAAAAAGAAUAUUUGCUCGUAGCAGAAACUAUCGAAACACCGGGAAGUCACAACAUACUAACCGCGUUGGAUCACCAAACCCAAAACCCACCAAACAAUAAAUAUGAAUAUUGUACGCGACAAAAUCCGUGUAUGGAAUUCAAUUGUCCUUACGGAAAUCCAGGCACCAACACCCGCUUUUGCCUAAAUUUUAAUGAUGUUCGAAAUACAGACCCAUACCGUAAUCCCUCUAGAGUAAUCGGGAAUAGAGUGGACAACGAAUAUUUCUUCAACUUCGCUUUCCCUGGAUUUACGUAUACUCCCGGUUCGGUAAAUGGUCGUGAAUUUGAGCCGCCCGCCUCCCCUCUACUUACACAAAGUGAAUUGCUGUCAACAAGUUGUGAUGAAGCUACCUGUCAACGGAAUGGAAUUUGCAAAUGCACGUAUAUCGUGGAGGUUCCAGGAGAUGAACUUAUCCAAAUGACCUUCAUGAACAUUGGUAAUGGAUCUGGAUGGUCGCACCCGAUACAUCUCCAUGGUCAAUCAUUCUUCGUCAUGAAAAUGGGAUUAGGUACGUAUAACCAGGUAAACGGACGGCUGAUAGAUGAAACCAAUGAUAUUCGUUGCGAGGACAGAUAUGGAUUUUGCACAGAAGUUGAAUGGCAAAAUCGUACAUGGAUUGGCGGAAAUAUACCUGGGCAAAAUGUUUAUCCACCCCUAAAAGAUACUAUCGUUGUUCCUACAGGCGGUUACGUUGUUGUUCGUUUUAUCUCGGACAACCCCGGAAUGUGGUUCCUACACUGUCACAUAGAUCUCCACAAUACAAAUGGUAUGGGCAUGGUCAUAAAUGCGAGUCCUGGCAAUCAUCCAAAACCUCCAGUGGGAUUCCCAACAUGUGGAAAUUUUCUCUACAAUGGUAAAUACAUUUACCGGCUUUAGUCAGAUAAUAUGACUGAGAAAACUUUAAGGCAAAGUUUCCGGCUUGUAAACACUGUUUCCGUUAUCCUUUGGGCUAAAGUUAUUGUGCAUCUCUCAAUGGUACUGGUUGUCUUACAGAUGACGUUGACAGACAGUUAUAAAGUAUAUGUGGGAAAUGCAAUUUUAUAAUAUCGAUCAAACAACUUGUAAGUUAAGUAUAUUCGUAUCAAAAUAAUUAAGCUUUGAUUGGUUUCUACUUUUUACAACUUUUUAUGUCAUUGCACGCUAUGAAAAAAAUAUGUUGAGUUUUGAGUGGUUUCGAAAUGGGGAUGAGGAUAGAUAUGCUGCCGCAGCUUACUUAAUAGAAACAGUCUGUUUUGUUUCUUCGUGCCCACGUAGAUGUGUGAAACUGAAAAUUAAACGAGUUUAGACAUUUUUGUUUGGAUCCGGAAUUUGAUUUGUUCGAUUUUUCCGGCAGUCAGCUUAGAAUUUAAGCUACUUUAUUUUGAAUCAAAUUCAAGUUUUCUUUAAAUUAAUAAUUACUGGUAUGAAUUAAUUUAACCACUUUGGAAUGUAGGUUUUCUAGGUUUGAUUGUUAAGAAUUAUGAGCUGUUGAAUUCAUUUAUAGACAGAGGGAGACUUCAGUUCCUGUAACAAUUAUUUUAAGAUAGUAUUCAUUCAUCUGGGGG